UCAAAACCUGUGAAAACAAAAUUAAAUUCUGAAUUAAAGAGUAGAAAUUAAAAGAAAAAAGUAUUCCUCUGUUUCGAAUGAUGCUUCAAAUUGUCAGAGUGAAAUGUAAUGUAGCAUGCAAAAUACAACUGCCUUCAAUGCUGACUUGUUCAGUUGUUUAUAAUGCUGUUUUUAGGUACAGAAUGUGCAGAUUUAUUGCAAAGCGAAUUCAAAGUAUUCCUUAAUGUUCUAAACGUCUCGUCGAUUAACAGAAAAUCAAUCCCAGACUACUGCGCAUUUAAUCUCUGAAGGUAUGACAAAAAAGGUUUAAACUUUGAAGAUUUUCAGAGGUGAAAAAGCGAUGAUUUCAAGAUUGCUCCGAAAAAUUAAUAGUACACAAUGUCUUUGCAUAGAAUAAAAUGACAAAAUGUUUAUUGAAAAUAUUUCACAUGACUUUUAAUGUCGCAUUGUUGCCAAUUGAAAAUGUACAAUAACGAUUUGAGCUCUACCUCAAAAGCCGACCUAACGAAAUUUUCUGUAAACAGACAGAUUUGAUCAAGCUUAUCGUUGUUUUUCUGCUGAAAAUCUUCCAUGUUUCCAACUGUUUUGUGAUACCUUCAAAGAUUAAAUGCGAAUUAACGAGACGUUUAGUACGUUAAGGAAUAGCUUUUACUUUUAAUUGGCAUAGCAAUAAAUCUGCACAUUUUUUACCUAAACAAACCAGCAUUGGAGGUAGUUGUGUUUCACAUGUUAAGUUGUAUUUUACUCUAACAAUCUGUCGAAUCCGAGCCACGAUGUCUAUCAUUGUCUGUUGGAGUGUUCCAAGCUAUUUGAGUUUUAAAAAAAUGGAAACCUUUAUGCAAAACCCGAUUUCAUUGGGCUUGCUACGGUUAUUCCUUUCAAAAGAUGUUUAAUGGCACCUUUCUUCAAAGAUUAAAUGUCGAAAAUCAAUUCGUGUGCAGUGGUGAUCUGUAUACCUGUGGACAAUGGACUAUUUGCUUGUCAAAUUGAGGUCAAUAAGUGAUUGCUUACGAAGAAACAUAUGAAAAAAGUAUCCGUACAUUAGUCCGGUUUCAUUUUACUUGAAAUAUCUACAAAUUUUCUUUGUUUUGCCGUCCGAUUUUCCAACUCAACUGUGAACUACAGGUUGAAAGCAUUGAACUCAUCCACUUUUUUGAAUGUCAAAUAAAAAAAACACCAGCUGUCAAACUUAUACACGAUGCACAUCAAGUCAACGCUACAACUCAAACGAUUAAAAGUGUAAAUAUUUUGAAAAAUUUAAACCCAUUUAAAAAUAAUUUGCUGAAUUUGAAUAGAACGAAUUGAAACGUACACAAUGGAUGGUGUCAAAAAUUGGCUCCGAAUUGGGCAAACAUUUUAGUUUAAAUGAUAUAGCUAAAUUCAUCGUCAAUUUGGCUGAGACACAUACAGAAUUCAAUACACUUAAGAGAGCUCACAUCGAAAAAGGAGCCGAAUUUUCCGAUCCAAUCAUCGAGAAUUUGCUGCAAAUUAUUCAACAGGAAUCAUCGAAGUUUAGAGAUAAAAGAACCCGUUCAAGAUCGAGAGACUCAACCCUUCCCAAAGCAAAGAGAAAAGAAGAAGCCGAUCAAAAGACGGACGCAUAUGCUCUAGAUCAAAGGAACAUCGGCGAGCCACAUCGCGUGACCGAUACAGAGAUCGUCAGCCGAAGCACAAGUCAUGUCACGAUUGUCCGAUUGUUUAGUUUAUAUUUCACAGCAACGGUCUAAGGGUCGUGCUGAUUUGAAUUCAGCAUCACAGUCACACUUGAAUAACGGAAUGCGCGAUAGAAAUUCAAUGGCCGGCACCUCACUAUUACAAUUGGGAUCGGCCAAAGAUGGGGAAGAAGACACGGCACGAAAAUAUUUUACGCGAAUCUGCGGAGCGAUGCGAAAUCAAACGAAUGACUUCGUCUGGUGUAAUCGAUCGCAUAGAACCAUAUGGUAUCGAUGAGGAAACCGGGCUACUACCAAAAGAUAAAGACGAUAAAGACGAUCUUUUUGAAAUGGUCCAAGAUUUUCUACGUGAACGGGAUUUCGGUGCAUCGCAUGAUCUAUUGCCCGUUUCAAUUGAUAAAAAUCCAGAUGGUUCACUUGCUCAAGCUGAUAUGAUGCCUGUGCUGGCCAAAGAACAGGAGCAACAACAAAUUUUACAGCGUAAACAAGAUCUGAAUAGCAUUCCGACGAGUUUGAAUAAAAACGGGAUCGAUCCAUUGCCAGAAGAUGGCACUCGAGAACCAGCAGCUAAUGUGAUUAGCGGCAAAAAGUCUUCAUUCCAUAAGAAAACUAAACCCACACUCAUUGAACAGAGACAAUCGCCUCCAAUUUGUCAGGUUGAUCAAGAGACGCGUGCCGAUUUGAACCCAUCAUCACAUUCGCAUUUGAAUGACGAAAUGCGCAAUGGAAAUCCAGACACUCCAAUGGCCGGCACCUCACUAAUGCAUUUGAAAUCGACCAAAGAUGCCGAAGAAGACACCGCACGCAAAAAUGUUAGACAAAUCUCAAGUCCGGAGCGAUGGGAAAUCAGACAAAUGAUUUCGUCUGGUGUAAUCGAUCGCACAGAACUACCUGAUUUCGAUGAGGAAACCGGUCUACUACCAAAAGAUGAAGAGGAUGAAGCCGGGGACGAUAUCAGUGCACAACUAUCAAAAAACAAUAUUAAUGUUUAUUCGAAUCCGGGAGAUUGUUCCAAUUUUCUGAAACGAAUUUCAAACAUCGAUUUCGAUGAUUGGGACAGUUUGAGCAAUUCUUCGAAUUCGGAUGCAAAUGCCGAAAACAAAUGAUUUGCCAAGGUUGGCAAACACUUUGUAAAAAUUAGUAGAGAAUAGAGGAACCAGCACCAAAAAUUGACCAAACGCCGUACGUUUAGCAUAUAAUACAGUCAACAAAAUACAAACAAGUAGAAUUUAUUCGGCUUUUUCAUAGAUAUUUUCUAUUUUUUUUUCACGGACACAUGCAAUGGACAAACUAAUAAGCCAAUAAUAAAAAUGUUUGUCAUUUCAUCUAAAAA